AUGGCUGAAUAUGAGGCAUGUAUCUUGGGUCUACGUUUAGCCCUUAACAUGGAUGUGAGAGAUCUUCAGGUGGAAGCAGCAUCUUACGCAUCAGUAACAAAGAAGGUAGUAGCGAAUUUUGUGCGAAACAACAUCAUAUGCCGAUUCGGCAUUCCAAAAUCGAUCAUAACAGAUAAUAGAGCUAAUCUGAAUAGCCACUUGAUGAAAGAAAUGUGCGCGCAAUUUCGAAUCACUCACCGGAAUUCGACCGCAUACCGGCUGCAAAUGAAUGGAGCUGUGGAAGCCACCAACAAAAACAUCAAGAAGAUCCUAAGAAAGAUGAUUGAUAACUACAAACACUGGCAUAAGCAAUUGCCUUAUGCAUUACUGGGCUAUCGUACUACUGCCAGAACUUUAACUGGGGCCACCCCGUACCAAUUGGUGUACGGCACUGAAGCAGUAAUACCAGCCGAAGUAGAAAUCCCUUUACUUCGAAUCUUACAAGAGGCUGAAUUGGACGAUGCGGAAUGGAUCCGCAAGAGGUAUGAACAACUAGCUUUGAUGGAUGAAAAGCGAAUGAUUGCUGUUUGCCAUGGUUAA